CAUGGAGUGACGUCAUUUUGCUUGAUAAAUUGAGAAAACGCAAUAGGGGGAACUGGUAAUAUGCAUUUAUGUUUCAUCCACAUCCCAUAACUCGUGCGUAAGGGUACUUGGUGUGACACAAAAACGCCUUAAAACUCACACCGUGCAGCCUUGAACGUGAGAGAAUCGUUGCGAGAUUUCUUGUCCUGAGCGCCUCAGCCGGGACAGCUUCAGCAGACCAUGGAAAGCGGUAUCAACACGUCGAACAAUCCGUACCAUUUCUCAAAUUUGGCCAUGAUGAACAAUAGUGUUUUUUGUCGGAACUUCAGCGAUAACAUGAGUUUGGAUGCCAAAUGUGAGAGAACAGACAACCUGGCCAAAGAUUCGACACCAGUGAUCAUCGCGAUUAUAAUCACGACUCUGUACUCUAUCGUGUGUGUGCUUGGUCUGGUGGGAAACGUGCUCGUCAUGUAUGUCAUUAUCAGAUACACUAAAAUGAAGACCGCCACAAAUAUCUACAUCUUCAACCUGGCCUUGGCUGAUGCACUAGCCACCAGUACGCUGCCCUUCCAGAGUGUCAACUUCCUGAUGGGGACCUGGCCGUUUGGAGACGUACUGUGCAAGAUAGUGAUAUCCAUCGACUACUACAACAUGUUCACCAGUAUCUUCACCUUGACUACAAUGAGUAUUGACCGUUACAUUGCAGUGUGCCACCCUGUCAAGGCCUUAGACUUCCGCACGCCCCGUAACGCGAAGAUUGUCAACGUGUGCAACUGGAUCCUGUCCUCUGCCAUCGGUCUGCCUGUCAUGUUCACCGCCUUAACUACUGUAACCGAUAAUGGCAAGUACGACAGAAUCAUCGACUGCACUUUGAUCUUCCCCCACCCAUCCUGGUACUGGGAGAAUCUUCUGAAGAUCUGCGUCUUCAUCUUUGCCUUCAUCAUCCCCGUCCUCAUCAUCACCGUGUGCUAUGGGCUAAUGAUCUUGCGCCUGAAGAGCGUGCGCAUGUUGUCCGGCUCCAAGGAGAAGGACCGCAACCUGCGCCGCAUCACCCGUAUGGUCCUGGUGGUGGUGGCCGUCUUCAUCAUCUGCUGGACGCCCAUCCACAUCUACGUCAUCAUCAAAGCCCUUAUCAAUAUCCCCAACUCCCUGCUGCAGUCCGUCACCUGGCACUUCUGCAUCGCACUGGGCUACACCAACAGCUGCCUGAAUCCGGUCCUCUACGCCUUCCUGGAUGAGAACUUCAAACGCUGCUUCCGCGAGUUCUGCAUCCCCUUGAGUCCUUCGAUGCUGGAGCUGCAGAAUUCUUCUCGUAACCGCCACCACCACCAGCACCAGCGCGAGCAGCACUCCAGCGCCAACACGGUGGAGAGGUCCAAUCAACAGGUAUGACUAGGUAUGGAGAUGUUGUCGUUAGACUCGCGCUGCCAGCCCAACGACGACAUGAGCUCGGAAGUCACCCAGGUAACCACGGUGCUCUGACACAAAGCUCUGACACAUAAUGCGCCACGAUGCUGAAAUGCAACGUGGCAUGAGCAUCAAUGUUACUGUCGCCUCUUUCUGGCAAGGCUGACAAAUAUUUGAAUGUAGAAUAGCGCUCAGUGUAAGGCUUUCUGUCAGGUAGCAUUAUUAAAAUGUUGAACUUUGGGCUGAACACUGAAAUGAACCAACAUCAGCUGUUAUGUACACAGUAGGCUAUCCUUUUAGACUGGCAUACUGAACAUACUGAAAAUUAUAAAUUGGCCAUGUUUUGAAGUUGUACAUUGUUUGUUUACAAUUACAUUAUUGUUUGCUUCAAGAGUCAAUGGCUAUAUAUCAUUAAUUUAAAAGUCAGAAAAUGGAUGUAGCCUACCAAUCACAGACUGCAGCUUUAAAGCUGUGUAUAGCUGCUUUUAUAUACUAUAUGAUCUGUGCUAAAUUGUUAUGUAUUGUAUGUGUAUGUGAAUUGCCUUUAAUGUAGCCCUGCAAAAUAUCCAAACUGAAAGUGAUUUAAAAACAAAUAUGAUGACAUUUAGUUAUUAUCAGAUAUUGUAUUGAAUAAAGUUUGUCAUUUUUAACAGGGCUUGGGCACAACUUGCUCACCUGCAAAAUGUUCCAUCAACAUGAUAAUGCAGCUUUAUCAACGUCAAGUAACUGAAAUAUUUAUUGAUAUUUAAAACGGAUAUAUUACAGUGCUUGCAAGUUUACGGAGAUAAAGUACAUUGGGUUGUGGCAGACCUGGGUUCAAAUACAUGCUUAAUUAAAGACAUGCUCCGGAA